CGAGUACCGGGGCCGGUGAUGAGAGCAGCUGAGGGGGCGACUGAAAGGGUUAAAGCAGCUGCCACCAACAGCCGGGACAUUCUGUGCGCUUAUAGGAAGCUGACAACAAUGAUUGCUAAACGACGACAGAUGAAGCCAGAGAACCAAGAGGAGCAUGGCGGCCCCUCCAAGGUGAAGAGGCGCCGUGCGAGCAGUAAGAAGGUGCGGCCCCCGGACUCGGUGCUGGACGGCGGUGACGGCCUCUUCUUGCAGCUGCUGACGUCUUCUGGACUGGCCCUGAAGUCUGGGGAGCAACAGAAUGAACUUGCUGUGGACCAGAGAGUGUUCCAAAAGGCGCUGCGGCAGGCGCUACGGAGGCACGCCCGAUACCCAGAGGUUCUCCAGGAGUUCAUGGCGGGGCUCGAGUCUCACGUUGAAGACCGGGAGCGCUUCAGGAACUGUCUCCUGCCGUGUGGCCGCUGCAGUGAGGAGGAGGAGGGGAGCAAUCUGCUCAUGAGCUCCUUCCAUGACAGUCUGAUAAAGAUCCUGCUCAGCAUGGAUAUCCUGCAGGAGCGGGUCAUAAAUCUGCUAUUUGAGAAGCUCCCCGAGUUCCUGUAUGACAGCUUUGGCAGUGACGGCAUCAGUAUUCCUCGCCUGGUCAUCAACCAGCUGAAGUGGCUGGAUCUUAUACUGAGUGGCAAGGAGCUGACGGCCAAGAUAAUGCAGCUGGUGACGGUGGCCCCUGCGGACAUUCAGCAGCACGUCAUCAGCAGCCUGCCUGAGAUCCUGGAGGACGCCGAGCACAGCGAUGUCGCCAAGGAGCUGAGCUCGCUGCUGAAGCAGAAUACGCAGCUGACGGUGCCCAUCCUGGACGCCUUCUCCAGCCUGAACCUGAGCUCGGAGCUGCUGACAGAGGUGCGGCAGUGGGUCAUGUCCACCCUCUGUGCUGUGGACCUGGAAGUGGUUCCUGUCAUUGUCAAGUUCAUUCUUCACACGGUCACCCCCGCGGACGCCCUGGAGGUGAUCUCUGAACUCCGCAGAAAUCUCGAUGUGGAGUCGGCUGUUUCGCUGUCGCAGGUCCAGGCUGCCACAUUCAAGGCUGGUGUCACAGGGACCCAGGACUGUGUCACCAUCCUGAUGGAAGUCAUUAAAUCGGGCAUCUGGUUUCAGAAGCACACGUGUGAAGCCUGGCUGAAGGCCAUAGAAAGCGUUCAAACGGUUGAAGAGCACAAGGUCACCGACUUCUUGGUUCUUUUGAUCCUUUACACGACAAAUUCUAACUGUAAAAAACAAGUGGAGCGCGUGCUGAAGAGCAAGGUGCGCUCCGGCUGCAUCACCAGUCAGCUGCUGCAGAACAUCUUCAGGGGGCACUCACAGGUUCUCAUGUUUUACUUUGCCUCCAUGCUGUCCUUGGCGCAGACUCUUCUGAGAUCUGUGGAGCCCGUGGUGUCUUUGUUUGGCAGCCAUCUUUUUAAGCACGCCUUCAUGGUGUUUGAUCGCUACUGCCAGCAGGAGUUGGUUGUGGCUUUAGUGACUCACAUCUGCAGCGGUUACUCCGACGAGGUGGACACUGCCCUGGAUGUUAUAGGUGACCUGGUGUCCGAUCACACGGCCGCUGUGGCGCUGCAUGCCGUCUUCAUAAAGGGUGUAUUGGAUCACCUGGAUAAUCUGAACCCUCAACAGAUCCGUAAACUCUUCCAGAUCCUGUGUGCUCUUGGCUUCAGCCCGGAAGGCGCCCACAUCCAGGUAGUGCUAGACGUUCCCAGCUACAAGCCGCCAUGGCAUUGUGGGUCACUGGAUUAA